GUAUAGCCUUCUAUCCAUUGUCCAUGGCAAGCCAUCCUUGACGACCUAAACGCAGGUGCGUCCGUAUUGUGCCAACCUGUACUUGGCUAUACCUCGUCCCUUCACGAAAAUGACUCUUACAGAGAUUGUCUUUAGGUUGGCACUGGGUGAAACAAUGCUCUCUCACCUGGUAAAGCGAUCGUCUAAGCUCUGACAAGAUUAGGUUACUUGUACGGCCUUAUUUGAGAAAAUUACAGCGCCACCCCCUCCCACGGCGGAAGUGUAAACAAAGCCAACAGGUGAAGGAGACGAACAACUUCCUGUUGUUUGUCAGUCUCUCGUGUUGGUCUACCGAGUCUCUUGUUGCCUUCUGUACCAAGCAGCAUGGAUACCGCACCGCCUCCGUCGUACCAAGAAGCUGUGAACUCCGGAGGACAACCCACCGGACCCCCUGUAGAAAAUGGUGCCUACCCGCAUCAACAGGCUGAUGUCAUGCAUCCUGGUCUAAACGGAGUCAGUUUUGGAGAGGAUCAAUAUCCUCCCCCUCCGGUCACCACUCAGCCGGUUGUCACCGCACAAGGUGUCCUAGUGGAGGAGCGUGCGACGCCACCUGACGCUGCUGAUCCGGCGACAGAUGACAAGAAGAGACGUCACAGGCACGACCACACGGACUGGUGGUGUGGCUUCUGCUACUGUGGUACAUGUCCCGACUGUGACUGCGGGGGUUGCUGUGACUGCGGCGACUGUUUCGCUUGUAACUGCGGAGAUUGUGACUGCGGCGACUGUGACUGUGGGGAUUGUGACUGCGAUUGUGAUUUCUAACUGUUAAGUAGAGUAGAGUAGAGUUGAGAGUAGAGUAGAGCAGAGUUCUUCCUGCGCAAAUAGGAACGUCCGGUUCCAAUGCAGGCCGCCCUUCAAUUUCCUCGGUGUUUCACACGGGUAGGUCACGGCGUAUAUUUGUGCAUGUUCAUUUAAGUUCGACUUAAGUUCAACCCGGUGCCCGGCCGGGACCAAAAAUACACCGGGAGCCACAAGGUGCUCCAAGGUGCCACGUAGGGGUCACGAACGAAAAUGCCAAAAAUAGCCAGUGAACUGCCCCGUUUUCCAAUUGGGACCUAAGCCUUAAUGGAUUUCUCUAGGUUAAAUUUUGCCAUCAAUAUUUAUUCGGAAGUUUCGGACUUGUAUGGAAGACGUGAUGAUACAGGACUGUUUGUUAUUGUCCCCUUCCAGAAUAAUGAUAUUGUCUGCCCAGUAUCGUUUUGAUAUAACCACUUGUAUGUACAGUACUAGCAGUGGACUGUUCGACCCACAGUAUGUAAAUAUUUAUUUGAUGUUUGUAUGUUCUGUAUGUAUGUCAUUGCUGUUUGAAUCAUGUCUUGAAGUCUAGGAAGAUUAUGGAUUUUCUAAAUAAAGUAUGCAAUGUUAUGUUA